CUCUUUUCUUUUCUUUUUUUCCCUCUCUUCUUAUCUCACUUCCCAAACCCUAACCCUAAAUCGUCUUCUCUUACCUUCGGUUUUGUUUCCAAAUCGACUUUUCUAAUCCGUUUCUACAGAUCUUAGAUCGACGAUUCCUUCUUCCCAACUCUCGAUUAUGGUCGAGCUUAGGGGUUCCCCCGUUUUGUUCGUACGAGAACCGAUGUGAAUAUUUUGAUUUGAAGAUGUGAAUAAGGUUACUACUCAAAUCCAUACGUUUCUCCAAUUGUUUUUCGGAUUUCCGAAAAAGAAAAAAAACAAAAAACACCCAAAUCAGCAGACAGUGUCUUCUCCGAUUUGGAUUUUGGACCUGCACUACGUCAGUUACUCAGUACAAGGGAUAAAUUUUUUGAAUACCAUUGUGUGAGAUUGAGCAAUUUUACAAUGGGAGAAGGAGAACUUUGCUUGGAAUUGCUAAAGGAAGGAGAUUUGGUGGAAGAGAGUUCAGAAAUGAAGAAGGAAUUGAAGAGAGACCGUAUGUGUUUUGAAGAAGAUACUAUACAAGGAGGAGAGCUUUAUUCUAACAAGAGACAAUCGAAGGAAGCUUCAAACGAUGACAUUAGGUCGGAAAUAUCUAACCCAGUCCUGUCUCCGGUUGAUAUUGUCUCUACUUUUCGCGAUAUCACUAGUAAUCCGGCUAAAUCGAGUUCAGAUGGUCGCGUUGGGUCUUGUUCGGGCAGUCAUUCUGGUUCGGAUGACUCUGUAAGCGACGACGAGAAGCACAGUGAAUAUAGCGCAUCGCUAGCAGAUAGCUCGCAAUCGAGUGAUGAUGUACCGUCUUGUUUCGUAAGGGAGAUUCCAAAGCAUCUUAGCACAACUGGGAUCACGAGAAUCACGUUUAAGCUCAGUAAACGAAAUGAUGAUUUAUGUGAUUUACCCAUGAUAAAGGGGCAUACUUGGGAGAGUGCUCCUUCAACUUUAGGUGUGAGUGUGAAACCUUCGAAGAAGAAGAUAGUCUCUACCAACUUCACAUCUAAUGUUAAGAAUCUAUUAUUGACUGGUAUUCUCGAUGGUGCUCGGGUGAAGUACUUUUCAACCUCACCUCCGAGACAACUUCAAGGGAUAAUCUACUCGGGUGGGUAUUUGUGUGGCUGUACUGUGUGCGAUUUCUCAAAAGUUCUAGGUGCUCAUGAGUUCGAGCGGCAUGCUGGUGGGAAAAAGAAACACUCUAACAAGCACAUCUACUUGGAGAACGGAAUGUCAGUUUAUAACAUAAUUCAAGAGCUGAAGAAUGCUCCGUUUGAUGUUCUCGAGGAAAAGAUAAGGAAUGUGGCUGGUUCUGCUCUGAACGAGGAGAGCUUUCAGGUUUGGAAAGAAAGUUUCCAGCAGGAUAAUAACAUGGCUGAAGAUGUUAGCAACCAUAUAAUGGAUGAUUCGUUUCAAUCCCUUGUCAGUUAUCCUGGUUCUGGUUGGUCUCUUGAUGAAAGUCAAAGCUCUACUCCAUGUUUACCAGAGAACAAUUAUUUUAGUGGGGAAAUCUGUACAAAGGACACCCGACAUGAACAUAAGCCAAAAGAAAAGAAGCGUACCUCUCAUAUGUUUGGUAUUGGUUGCCAUAAGAAAGUUUCUGGAGGCGGUAAAUGGAAGAGGGACAAUGAUUUACACCGGUUGCUGUUUUUGCCUAGUGGGCUUCCGGAUGGGACUGAAUUGGCCUACUAUGUGAAAUCGGAGAAACUACUGCAGGGUUACAAACAAGGAAGUGGUAUUGUAUGUAGCUGCUGCGACGCAGAGAUUAGUCCUUCACAAUUCGAAGCACAUGCUGGAAUGGCUGGUAGACGGCAACCUUAUCGUCAUAUCCUCAUAUCUUCGGGAUUGUCAUUGCAUGAUAUAGCUAUGUCAUUGGCGGGUGGGGGCCAUGUCAUUACAACUGGUGACAACGAUGACAUGUGUUCUGUUUGUGGCGAUGGUGGAGAUUUGCUACUAUGUGCUGGAUGCCCUCAAGCAUUUCAUACAGUAUGCUUGAAAUUUCAAUCAAUGCCUGAAGGGACUUGGUACUGUUCAAGCUGCAAUGAUGGAACUAUCUCUUGCAAAACGGCCACUGCUACUGAUCCUAAUUUAAAACCCAUAGUUAUAAGACUAACAAGAGUUGUUAAAGCACCAGAAAGUGAAAUUGGUGGUUGCGUGUUCUGUAGGUCACAUGAUUUUAGCGUUGGGAAAUUUGAUGAUAGGACAGUUAUUCUCUGUGACCAGUGUGAGAAAGAGUACCACGUCGGUUGUCUCAGGGAAAACGAGCUUUGUGAUUUGAAAGGGAUCCCCCAAGAUAAAUGGUUCUGCUGUAGUGACUGCAGCAGGAUUCACCAAGUUCUUCAAAACUCUGCUUCAUGUGGGCAACAAACAAUUCCCACACUUCUGUUAGACACUAUAAGCAGAAAAUACAGAGAAAAAGGAAUAUAUAUUGACAACGGAGACAUUGUGGAAUGGAGGAUGCUUAGAGGAAAAAGUCGAUACCCAGAGCAUCUACCCUUACUUUCACGAGCAGCGGCUAUUUUCAGGGAGUGUUUUGAUCCCAUUGUGGCAAAGUCUGGUCGUGAUCUCAUUCCUGUAAUGGUCUAUGGGAGAAACAUAUCAGGCCAGGAGUUUGGAGGAAUGUACUGUUUGGUCCUGAUGGUGAAUUCCUUUGUUGUUUCUGCCGCACUGCUUAGGAUAUUUGGUCAGAAAGUUGCAGAACUUCCUAUGGUAGCUACAAGCCGAGAGUAUCAAGGAAGGGGCUACUUUCAAGGCCUGUUUGCUUGCAUUGAGAAUCUUCUUGCCUCUCUGAAUGUUGAGAACUUGCUUCUCCCAGCAGCUGAAGAAGCCGAGUCAAUCUGGAUAAAAAAAUUUGGUUUCACAAAGAUGACUGAACAUCAAUUACAGAAGUACCAGAGAGAAGUGCAGCUUACAGUCUUCAAGGGAACAUCAAUGCUCGAGAAGAAAGUACCGUCGUUUUCGGAAACAACUUUGGUCAUCUGAUAUCAUGUUUCAUGGAAGAUUUUUUUGAAGCUUCUUCUGGAUUUUGGUAGUUAGGAUCUUUCCUUUAUUUGCUUUCUCUCUCCUUGAAAAACCCACUCUUGUUUUCUUUUUGCAGAAGGGUCAUUUCUUGUGUACCUCUGUUACUUUUUGUACAAGCUCUUAACAGAGAGGAUAUUAGAAUUUAGGGUUGACACGAGAGGUUACAGACCUACUGAGAUAUUUUUGUAAAGGAAACUAGGAAAGAAAUGAAAAGAAGAAGCAAAUAUAAUAAAGUCGUAAGCAUAUAUUUAAUACUAAAGUUGUUCCUCU